GCCGGGCGAGGCGCAGCGCCGCAGUCCCCGGCAGGUGCCGGAGAACGGGCCCGGGGCGGGAGACAUGGAGUCCCGCGGAGACCUCCCGGCGGAUCGGCCCUCGGCCCUUCGGAGUGGGAUAGAGGAGCCCGAGAAGGAGACAGAUGAUGAGGGAGGGAAGACUGCCUGGCAGCAGAGCCUGAAUCCCGAGCUGCAGCAGGGGUACCGCAUCCUGCGCGAGUUCCUGCUGGAGAAAUACCGGCCUCUGACGGCGCCGUUCCUGAAGCCCCUCGCGGAUCAGGCAUUUUUCGGGGAAGAAGGCGCUGGCUCCCUCUCGGGCCGUAAGAGCAGCCAGUCCUUGCAGCAGCUCCCAGCUGGAAUAUGGUUAUUGAAAAUGGAAGAGAAAUUUUCCAGUGGGCAGUAUACAGGGAUAGCAGAUUUCGUGUGUGACUUCAGGCUCAUGCUGGAGACUUGCUAUCGGCUGCACGGUGUAGACCACUGGCUCUCCAAACAGGCCCAGAAGCUGGAGAUGAUGCUGGAACAGAAGUUGGCGCUACUAUCCCGGCAUUUAAGAGAGAAAACAUCAUUAGCUGUAACAUCUAGAGGAUGCUAUGGGCAGGACGAGGAGAAAACAACAGGAUGCAUUUCUACAAGACGUCGUUCCACACCUCGCAAUUUAGUAGGUUUGUCAACAGGCAUGUUUGAGUCUGUGAUGGUUCAGGUUCUAAGACAAGAGGAGCAACUGAGAGCAAAAGAGGAAAAGAGGCAGAGAGAUCAAGAAAGAAAGGAAGCAGAAGAAGCUAAUCAGAAAGAAAUAGAAGAAUGGGAAAAAUCACUUUUAGCUCAAGCAGCACCUACAAGGAUGGAGACAAUGUGGGAGAUUCCAGCUAUUGGUCAUUUUCUUUGUUUAGCACAACAGAUUUUAAAUUUACCUGAAAUAGUAUUCUAUGAAUUGGAACGUUGUCUUCUGAUGCCUCAGUGCAAUGUUUUUUUAUCGAAAAUAAUGACUUCUUUGUUAAGUCCUCCUCAUCGCAGGCCUACAUUGCAUCGCAGGCCUACAUUCUCCUACAGGACUUGGGAAGCAGCACUCAGAAAGAAAGUGCAACACUGGUAUACUGUUGUGGGGCAGACUGACAAUCCUAAUGGUGCUGCAGAAAAACUUGGAUUGUGUCCCCAGUUUUUCAAAGUGCUUGGAGAAGUUAAUCCCUUGGAGGAAAAACCAUUUCAUGAGCUACCAUUCUACCAAAAAGUAUGGCUGCUAAAAGGUCUCUGUGACUUUGUGUAUGAAACACAAAAGGAUGUUCAGGAUGCAGUGCUAGGUCAGCCUAUCCAUGAGUGCAGAGAAGUAAUUCUUGGUUAUGACUGCUUGGAAAAUGCAUACGUUCACUUUCCACAGUUCUGUGGUGCAGAUGUUCGAAUUUACAAACAAAAACCUUUUCAGGCUCCUGAAUUCCCGUCUCUUCCCAUCAAAGUUAGAAAAGUGCCACGUAUUAAAUCAGAAAGAGUAAAACAUGAAUAUGGAAGCAAAAGCAAUGGGGAGGUCAGUUCUGCUGGGACAGAACUGCUGUGUCAUUCUAAGACAGAAGGAGAAAGAAGUACAGACAUUGUUAUCUGUCCAGAAAAAAGAACACGUUUAGGUAGCUUCAGAGUCACUACAGAGGAGAUGAAGAUUGAUUGCGAAAUAAAAGCCUCAAGAGUUUGUGACCUCAAAAAACCUGGUUGUUAUAAAGAGAACUUCAGGAAUUUGAUUACUUCAGGAGAGAUUGUUGAUAUAGGUGUUCACCCUAGUUCAGAAGAAAUAACAGACGUGGAGAAUGGACAAAGUUGCACUGAAAUGACCAGAGUAAGAUCUGAACUGAGUCCGUUCAAGGAGAACACACUGAAAGCUUGCCAAAUGCAUAUCAAUGGCACUUAUAAUGAAAACCAGGGCAGAAAUUACCAUGAAUCUGCUAAAGAAACAGUGCUAGAAACCUUAAUGCAAAAUAAUAAGAAACUAAAUAAGAUGCUGGCAAAAAAGAAGAAAAAGAAAAAAAAGAAGUUGAAAGAUAUUCUAAAUGAAAAUUUACAGAGAAAACUUGAUGACUUGCAAAGAAAGCGUGAGAUUCAUCUUCAUCCAUUCAAAUCAUAUAAAUCUGAAAUCCAGAACAAGUUAUUUAUAAUUAAAAAGAAAGCAAAACAUAAGAAGCACAAGUCUGGAAAAAAAUCGCUGUCUAAAAAAGCAAUCACAAAGAAGAGGAAAGGUGUCAGAAAGUCUACCAUACCGGAAUUUCAGCUUAUUUGCACUAAUCUUGAUGAACUCAGGGAAUUAAUCACAAAGAUUGAGAAUGAACUCAAAGAUCUGGAGGACAUUAAAAAGAAAUCGGGAAGAUGGUACCACCGGAAGCAAGCAGUAAAGGAAUUGCAUGGUACGUUGUUACGACUGCUUAAUGAACUGUUACCAUGGGAACCAAAGCUAAUUAAAGCAUUUCAAAGAAACAGGUCUAGAUUGAAGAAGAACUAUGAUGACUUUAAAAGACAUCCAGACCAUGAUAAAUUUACCAGAGAAUUGUGGAGUAAUGAUGAAAGUGAAGCUGAUUCUGGCAAAGAAUCUUUUGCAGUAGUAUGCGGUAAAUCAUCAGAGUCUGCAGAACAUAUAGAAGUUCCCCAAAAAGAUCACUCAGACAAUGAUGAAAUGAAACUAUUAGAGAUGAAUUUACCUGCAGGAAAAAACAGAAUUCUGAAAAAAGAAUCAGCUUCUAAAGAGAUACAGAAGACACUGCCCAAAUGCAUUAAACGACAAUUCAAGCAAAAUAGUUGUCUGGAUCAAGGCACUAAUGAGCUUUCACCAAGGAAGAAAGCUAAACUGAGCACUAACGAGGUUGUGGUCCACAGUUCUGAUAGUAGCCUGCAGUCAGAUAGUUGCUCGACCGAGCUGAAACAAUUUGAAGGGUCAACUCAAAAGUUACUUUCCUUGACAGAUCCUGCAACAUCAGUAUCAAACUUUCUGAAAGGGACCAAACCCAUCCAGGCCUUGCUUGCCAAGAAUACUGGGAACAAAGUGACCUUAACAAAUCAACUGUUGCCUCCUGCAGGCAUGAACAUACCUACUCCUGAAAAGUCAGUUUUACCAGCUUUGGAAUCAUCACUGAUCAAACCAGCAUUGACCUGCCAGGCCAGUUCAAAGACUCCUUUACAAAUGGUAUACAAAAUGCCAAAUGGCCACUGUGUACCAAUAGACGUUCCCAACAGCUCAGUGAAAAUUCAAAUGCAAGCUAUGAUUGACCCUAAAAAUGGAGAAAAAGUCAUGCAGCAAGUUCUUAUUUUACCUAAGAAUUUUCUUCUUCAGCAGAGGGAAGAAAAAAUUGUGUCCAAGGAUAUUCAGUCACAACAACAAAAAUCAUUUGAGAUGCACUGUACAUCUUUACCAAAAAUGUCAAACAUCAAUGUUUCUUUAACACCUACUCUGGUAACAGGCCCUGCAAAUGCCACUCAGUCACCCACUACAGUUUUUUCCAAGAAUACUACCCACUCAUCACAAGUGACUAGUCCAAUGAACACUACACAACCAUUGCCGAAUGUAACUUCAGCAGAUAACUUAUCAAUAAUUAAGGUAAGCCAAAGUGAAAAUGACAAAAUCAAGACUACAGUUUCGACUGCUACAUUGCCUGUGUCUUUGGCUUCACCUACUCUUUCCACAGCUAGCCAAUCCUUGACACCAGCAACAGCAUUAAGUGCAUCUACAAACGCUGAUUCUGCCUCUAAUCGUCUUGCAUCACAGCAGCAAACCAACUCCCCUGAAACAAAGCAAGAGCUAAAGACAGUGUGUGUAAGAGAAUCACAAUCUAUUCUGGUCACAACACGAGGUGGAAACACUGGAAUUGUUAAAGUGCAAACAAACCGAGACCAGAUUUCACCCAGUAGUUUAUGUCCUACUUCAGUUUUCACAUAUGCAUCUCAACUUCAGGCCUUCCUUGUGCCAAAAACCACAGCAGUAUCAUGCUCUAGUCUUGCAUCUGUAGCAACAGCCACAUCUGGUCUCCCACAUGUUGGACAAUUAUCUCCUUCUGGAUUUGUCCCCUCAACAGCUUCUCUUAAUGCUCCAGCUUUCCCUGCUGAUUUUACCCAGACAAUAGAGAAAAAUACUAAAUUCACACUACGGCAGCCAGCUGUUCGGGAUUCUUCAUGUCAAGUAAGAGAGAAGUCCUGCCAUGUGUCUUCUUCUUUAUCAUCCUUUCCAUUAGCUACCAAUUUGGUGUCUCCAACUCCAAACAGCCCUGUUAGUGUGACUAGCAUUGGACAAAGUAAUGUCAAAACUCCAGAUUCUUCUGUGCACCAUCAAGGGGACACCAAAGUGAAAACAAAAUCUGUUACACAAUCUGAAUCAAAUUCUGCAACAAAUGGAGAGUUAAUCAGUGGUGCUCCAGUCCAGAAAUUUACAUUAUUCACAAAUCCACCCAUUUUAUCUCCCUCUGGGGCAUCAGGGGUCAGUAUUAUACCCUGUCCAGGAUCCACUGCUGUUAAUGCCCAGAAGCUGCUUUUCAUUAACACACAAAUUGCCAAUGGCCCAUCAACCACCAAUCUAGUUGCAGAGUCAUUGAAACAGAACCUUCCUUCUUCCCUAACCAAAACCUUUGUUAAUGCCACAGAGCAACCACAGUUGGUUUUGAUCCCAUCUACAGUAGGAGCACCAAUAAGAAUAAACUCAUCACCAACUAUUGCUCAAGUAAAAGAUGUGAAAAUUGGACUAAAUAUAGGUCAGACCAUUGUAAAUACUAAAGGCAGUGCACAGGAGGCCCUACCAGUUAAUAUAUUGCAUGCUGGCAUUUCUAAAGGAGAAGACAAAAAGAGGACAGCCUUAGCCCCAUCCUUGACAAGUAGUACUGUGGUUCCUGUUCCAAGUUUUGCUGUGUCAGCUAAUGAAUCUGUAUGUGCUGCAACAGAAGCUGAAAACGUCUUUACAAUAACAACAGCAAAUGCACGAAUAGAAUCUGUUUCAGUAACAUCAAGUGGAACUUCUUCUGGGACCCAGUCUACUGUCUUGACUGGUGGCAAUGAUCCCUCAAGAAUAAGGCCGGUUCUGUGUAAUCAAAUUUGCAUAUCAAAUAUUGGAAAUACUGUGGGUAUGUCAACUGUGAAAACAGGACAUCUUGCUUCAUCUGUGCUGAUUUCAACACAGCCAACAGUAUCUCCGCAAGACUUAGGAUCUGCUCUGCAAUUUCCAGUUACUAGUUUGCCUGGACCUGCAGCCACCCCCCAAAAGGUGUUACAUACAGUUCCUCAGUUGGCAGCAGUUCCAGCUCCUUUUCCAGUACCAAAAAGACAGUUGCCCACACUGGUUCAGUUUCAGUCAUCAGGAAUGUCAGCUGCUGUGUCAAGUCAUGCAAGUAUUCACAAACCUCAGAGUGUGUUGCCCCCACCAUCACCAAAUACAGGUGAAGUAAUUAGUUUUCCCAAUCUUUCUGCCCUACAAUGUCAGCAGGUGCCUCCCAGUACAGAGAAAGAAAGUCAUGAUUACACUUGUGCUUCUACUGUUCAGAUGUCUGAGGCUUCACCUCCUGUAACAAGCAAAACAGGAGGAGUUCCAUUGAAUGAACCUUCCACUCAACAGAAAAUAGUCAUUAAUACUUGUAUGCCUUUGGCACCUGGAACUCAGAUAAUGAUUAAUGGUACUCGUUUUGUUGUUCCACUACAAGGCCUAGGAGCUGGCAGCCAUGUUCUUCUUCUCUCCUGUAAUACAAAACAGACUCCUUUAACAAUUAACCAUGGUCAAGAACCUCAAGGUGUACCAACUGUUAAUCCAAUAACCUCAAAAAUCAUCCUAGCACCAAGUCAUUCAUUAAGUUGGCAAAUACCAAAACAUCCUUUGAGAAGUUCUACAAAAAUUGUGAACUCUUUUGGAGCUGCAGAUGCUUUACCCAUUGUACAUGCAACACCGCAGAUAUUUAGUACUCCAGCUAGCUCAUGUACUCCACUGUCUGCAGUAACUCUGUCUGUGUCUUCAGCGACAAAGUCUCCCAUUAAUGUAGCUACAUCUUCUGUUUCUGCUGUUCAUCCUCCAAAUUCUCAUUUACCAAGCAACACGUCAGUGUUUCAGCUAGACAGUUCUAUCAAAAAACUGUUGGUCAGUCCAGAGGGAGCUAUACUGAAUGCUCUAAAUACUUCAGCACCAAAAGUUCUUCCCCUGUCUUCAUCACUGCUUCCUGUUGUUUCCACAAGCAGAAAUCCUACCGCGGUCUUCCCUGCAUCUCAGUCAUCUUGCCUUGAUAAACCUGACAAAGCUGCAUCUUGAAUUUACUGCGAAUGAGCCACUUUGAAAUUCUGGGGCAUUCUUCGAACUUUGGAAGUUGUAACUAUUGAAUAAUUUCUUACAACGUUUUAAACAGUUGAUUUACUCAAUAUUAACAAGACAGGAUUUGGAAGGAAGGCCUCCUUGUUCCUCAUGAUAUAGGGCAGUAUAACCCAUACUUCAUCCAUUCUUAAUGGUUUGGUUUGCCUAAAUAACUCCAGUGAAAUGGUAAGACUACAAAUGGCUUCCUAGACACCAGUCUAAGUCACACUGAUUGCUGUUAAGGACUGCCAUGCUUUGUCUUAAAUCUUAAAGAUCUGUUGAACAAUUCAUUGUUCUCUGUUUUACAGCCUUGUAUGUAUUUCCACAUAUCUGGUAACUGUAACAUGGUCACUCACUAAUCUGCUGUCCAGCCAUAACAACUACCGAUUUUUUUUUGCUGGACAUGAUUCUAGGUCUGUAUUUUUUCUUUAGCUUAUAAGUGGUUUGUCUGGAAGGAGAGUGUUAAAACAUCAUAUGUGAUUAAAAUAAGCUUUAUUAGUACUUUGAAUGGGGAUAAUUCACAUAUUGCAUAAACCUUCCCUUUUUAUACAGAGUGUUUAGUAUUUAUUAGCUUAGUUUCAGCAUUUGAUCUGAUAAAACCUUUGGGUUAUUUUCUUCAGAUCAGCACUGUUGCAGUGCUCAUGGAGAUAAGUCUUUGAUAUCUUUUGUGAUUCUGCAUAUAGAAGAAGAGUACCCAUCUUAUCUUAUGGAAGGUGAUGAUUUUAGAAUUGUCUUCAUAUAUGUUGAACUUUUUGUGGAGUUUGUUGGUUUGGGUUUUUUUAGACACUAGAAGGGAAGAUUUCAGAAGAGCUUAUGAAUGAUAGUUGCCUUUUAAAUAGCUAUGACUUCAAAGGGGAUAAAAGCUUACAUAUCUGUAUUUAGCUGUGUUUGUAAAGUGAGUUUCAUAAAAAUGAAGCUUCAACCUUUGCUCCUUAUCCUGUUGAAUUUUCUACUUCCCUUCCCCUUUUGGUGUACACAGUUUUGCAGUUCAGAUGUUGAGUUGAAGAAAAGGACCACAUCUUACUGCCUCUGUCAGCUGCCCUUUAAAUGGUUCUGAAAAGUAACCUGGUAUCUACUUAGCUGAAGUUCCAGGAAAGUGGGGGGAAGAAAGGCUUGAGCCUUCCAUAGGAACCUUUCCUUUUGCACUGAUUAAAAGAACUGCAUUGGGAAAUUGUAUCUUUCUGGAUCAGAAAUCUCCAUCUUAGGGCUGGGAAAGAUGGAAGCUGUCAGUUUUGGAAUGAAAGAAGAUUUGGUUAAAUUUAGAAAAAGCUACUUGCUACAAUUUUCCUACUUGAAAGGUUAUUUUGUAGCUGAUUUUGAAGACACCUGGUAGUAAAGGGUGCCUGCUUGCCCUGGCUAAGUCUACAGUACUAAGGAUUUUUAAGUCUGACUACAUUUUACAGUUGAAUGCUGCAGGUGACUUUUCCAACAGAGAGAGACAGCAGAGAAUGGCAGUUUCUUCAUGGACAUUUUACAUAGCCAAAACCCAUAUAUACCAGCAACAUAAUUUAUUUCCAUUUCACUGGUUGAAUCUUGGGACUCACUUAUUUUGAAUUUUGUCUUUUCUUGCAAUGAUUGUUUUUUCCUUUUUUCUAAUUUAUAUUUACUGUAGAGUGAGUUGUCUAUAUUGUUUGGAAAGCUCAAGACUAGGUUCUAGUAUUGAAGUUGUUCUUGAUGGAGAAAAAUUUCUUGCAUGGCAUUUUUCUGUGUGCUAAUGUAAUAGAAAGAUUUAUGCUAUAAUUGAUUCUAAUAAAGAGAAAAGUUAGAAAAGCUGAACUUAGGAACUCAGGACUCAAGUAACUUGCUUGAAUGAUUUCCAACUUUUUUUUAAUUAAUAUGGCAAUAUUUUAUUAUUUUCAUAAAUAUUUUAUAAUUUGGCACAUACAAACUUUAUAAUAUGGAAAGUUUGAUUCCGUUUGAUUACAGUUUUCAUGGAUUUUUAUUCUCAGACAUACGUUCACAGUCCAAAUCCUUCUGGAGAAAGACUUGAGACUACUAUGUAAUGGGCUCUCAACAUUCAUUAUGUUAAACCAGCUUUUAGAAAUUUUUUCUGAAUAAAAUUCCUAUUCCCAAUACUCUUCUCCAAUAAUACAAAUGUCAGUCAGAGAUAAGGCUUUUUUUCAAAUGAACGUCUAUACCCAUUGACAAUUUGCUAUGUACUUUUUGCUCUCCACCAAAUAUAUGGUGCUACCAAUAGCACAAAGGGAACCGUAAAAAAGUAGAUUAUAUUCACAGGCACAAUGAAAAAGCAGAACUGCCUGCAUUUCAACUUGAAGUUAAAAAGAUAUUUAAUGAAACAUAUAAACACAGAUAUAUAAAUCAGCCUUUUAAGAGAACAUGUUCAACUUUUCAGAGCUUGUAAAAUGCUGUGCUUUUGGAUGACUUCUGAUACUGUAUACAAGUAUUCAUACACUAUAUUACAUGCAAAUUUUUAGUUUUACUAAUGACUUUGAAUAUCCUGAAUGACAUCCUUUUGUUUACCUGAAUGGAUAUGUUCUGCACAAUAGUUUUGCUUUGCUAUGAGUAGAAAAUGACACUAGUAUUGCUUCACUCUUCAAACCCCCAUGUGUGUGCUGCCAUUUUCUUGUAGGGAUUCUGCUACACUAGAAGCAAUUAAAUUUGACAAGUCUCAUGGGCCAUAGAAGUACCUAUUCAAGUCUUUCUGUCAAGUCAUUCAAACAUGCUGAUUUCACUGUGUGACAUAGCAAAGGGUUUAAUGUGAAAAGGGAAGCAAAAUUUCUCCUGGUGAGUGAACAGAAACUAAUUUGUCUAUAGGGAAUAGGUCAGAAAACUAAAAGUUAGCAUUUGUAAGGCAUCUACAGCUGCCACAGUGUGUGUGGUUCCUAGUUGAUUUUGCUUAUACUUUGUGGUAGUGCAGAACUUUAGUAGUCCAAAUUAAUUUUAAAGUAAAUGAAUAAUUUUUAUUGAAGCAUGAAUAUUUGUUAUGUUUAAGGACUUUUUUCUUUAAAUAGAAUGGCCAGAGGUGCUCACAAAAACUUCUUCAUGUAGACUGCUCCCUAUAAGCUGCACCUCAAAUGAGAUUAGGGACUCAAAAUAAUAAGAAAAAUAAGAUUAAUAAUGCUGCAUUAUUUACAGUCCAUUUAUCCUAUUAUGAUGGCCAUCAAUCCCAGCAUCACCUAGUCUCUUGAAGUACUCAACAGUAGCAUUCCAAAAGAGCACAAUAUCAGGCCUGAAUACUCUUUUUAGUAUCCACUAAUCUGUGAGCCAGUCUUCCUCACACAGCUGUGAUUUUUUUUCAAUUUAAUAGCUUUCAGUAUAUUUCUCUUGAUGAAAUACACCAAUUCCUUUCAAGAAUUCAUGGAAGUAUGUAAACAGACUAUUACCAUUCACAGUAUUCAGUGGUAAAGAGUUUGUAAAUAAAUUUCCUUUUUGAUUUCCAAACCUGGCACCUGCUAGUUUCAUUUGAUGCAAAUAGUAUUUAUAUUGUAAGAUACAAUAAACCUUUGUUCUUUGCUAUUUUUCCAUGUGACCUAUGUAGACCUUUGCCAUGUUGGUUAUCUCUUUUCUAGAAUAAAGAGAAAUUGUGAAUUCAA